AAUAAUUAUUUGAAAAUGUUUAUUUCAGAUGAAGAUUGUGCACUUCCACCCGAUGAUUUUCUCCAGGCUUUGAGUUCUGAAUUGGAAAUUCCAUUACUGUUGGGUGGUGAAGGAUCCCCCGGGAAUGAUGAAACUCCGGAUGAAAUCAUUAAGGGUGCCGUACUGCUACCGCCACCGUGUACAUUCGAAGAGCUUGGUGUAAAUUUGGUGCAAUAUAAUAAUUGCAGCGUUCACAGUAUUUCUUCUCUGGGCAAAGAUUUAACAAAGUUUGGAAUGUUGUAAACCAUAAUAUAGAUUUGGAAACGUGCCUAUGUCAGAAGCGACGGAAUGUUCACGCUGCGACGCGGCACAUUCCACUCACCAAUAUUAUGGAAACAUAGGAGACACAUCACCGACACCAUGGCGAAAUAUAGAAACAAUCCUUGGUUAUUGUAUCUCUAAAAAUUCUAUCUGCCUAAUAUCAACGAAAUAUUGGACCAAAUGGGUAAUGCCA